AUGCCAAUCCGUCAAAAAGAAUUCUCCACCCCGCCACCCCAUCCACCAGUGGGUACACCCAAGGACUCCCCAUCCGCACUGCCCUGGUACUCUAUCGCGCCGGGGGUAUGGGAAUUCCUGUUAAAUGGCAAUGAAGAACACAAGGCCGUACUGCAGUGGUGGGAGCCAAAUACUGUGUCUCCGCAGACAGAGCCAAUAACACAUACCUACAUCGAAGAAGUGUGUACGCUGCGCGGCGGGCUGGAAGAUGUUACGCUCGGACAGUCGUGGGGUAUUGGUUCGUAUGCCUACCGGGAUCCUGGGAUGGUGCAUGGACCGUACCGGGCGGCCAAGGAGGGAUGUCUGCAGUUUGUUAAGGUUGUGCCGGUGAAGAAGUAG